CAAUCUAUCACAUAUAUAGUUCUCUACAGAGAUUUAUUCAACAACCCAUGAGACUCCCCACGUUGGCUGAAACUGGCUUAAAUCCACCGCAUGACGUCAUCGCAUCAAUUCAAUCCUUCGACCCUCGUUCCGCACGCGGCUGACACACCACCACACACUCUCCCCUUUUCAUCUCCCACCUCACUCCCUCCUGUGAACCGCUCUCCAAACGCCCUUCUCCUCUUCUCUCUUCCUUUGUGUAUACUUCAUCGUCAUCAUGGCCGAGGAGGAUCCCCUCAUCAAGACUUUGCCCCCAGCCACCGACUACCUCACCUAUCUCACCGUGUUGGAGUACCAACUGACCCCCGCUCGGCUCCCCACCUUGCACAAACUCCUCCAAGAUGAGACCCUAACCACGAAUAUUGGCUGGGACCUGGUCCAGCUCCUCCUUCCGAUGCUCCCCCGGUCGUUGGAAUGCUUGCACGACAUCGCCCGCCUGGGCAACCCCAGAGAGGUCAUCCUGCGGGUAUCGGACGCCUUGAUGAAACUCGAGCCGGACGAGGAUGAGGAGGAGGAGGAAAUUGCAGAGGUCAAGGAACCCAAGGGCCCGGCGCCUGUCGCGGGAGAUGCGCAGUCGGGAGAUGUCGCCGUGGAAUCGGACGAUGAGGCCAAACCGCUACCCCGACACAUUGUACAGUUCAACACCCUCCUCGGCAUGCUCUCCGUUCUGCAUGGGCGGAUUCGGACCAAGUCCCCCAGCCGGUUCUUGGCCACUUCCAUCCAAGCCGUUCUCGAAGCCUAUACUACGAUGCCCACGAACGAGACCACCCUUGCCUUGCUCGAAUUCUUCCGUGAAGUCUCGCCAUCGAAGCGACCCGCACCCCCGCCCCGCGCCGCUAGCGAGUCCUCCCUCUUGCGGGUGGCCCAGGCGUCGGCGCCCGACCCGGAGGCAGAGGAACACUCCCACAUCCCAGCCAGCAUCAACGACGAGUCGGUCCUGGUGAAGAGGUUUUUGCAGUUUGGACUGGUCGAGCUCCUCAAGUCGUACCUCUUGAGCUUCUCAGGCCCCACGGAUCCGGGCAUGUCUUGGGCCAUCCGGCUCCAGGAGAAACUGCACCCCGAGAAGCGCAUCCCCAACAAGGCCUCGCCAACCGACCAGUACACCAAUGACCAAGCUCUGCGGGAACGAGACAUGAUCAUGGCCAAGAUCACCGCGCUCUCUCGUGAUUUCGGCAUCGACGACCAACAGCUCCUCGAUAUAGUGGCUGGACCACCUGAGGCGCAACCUCCUCCGCUGGACUUCGACGAGCCGCCCCGUACGGCUGAUCAGAUUCCGCUCGAGCGACACGGCUCGCUUCUCCUCUUGGCCGCGCGGGCCGCCAUGGCGGAGCUUUUCAGCUCCGGCCAGAUCACGCCAAUCCCCGUCUUCCCAGACCUGGCGCGGAUCUUCUCCAACUUCAUCAGCCAAGAGAGCACACCCGACGAAGUGGCCUUUGGCCAUCCCCAGCCGUUGCUCGACUCCCUACUCACCUUGACCGUGUUCUCCAUGGAGCGGUCUCUCGGGGAGAUCAAUAAUGAGAAAGAGUUCGGCGAGUUCGUCCUGACCCUGACGGCCUGCACGGCGCGCCAGAGCUAUGGCUCUAUCCGGAACAUCCCCGGGGCAGUCGUUCACAGCCAUCCCUCCGAGAUCGUCCGGUUCAAGCUCAUCCGCCAAGUGCUCGAGCAGGAGCGCCUCCGCACGCUCCGAGACAGCGCCAUCGGCUGGCUGAAGAACGAGAUACUCAGCGCAGCCAACUCGGAAUCCAAUUCCAGCGUCUUCCUGAACCCCCACUACUUCUCCGUCCUCUUCCCCUCAAUCUUCAGCGCGUCCGCUCUCGCCCUCAACGUCUCCACCGACAUCGUCCCCUCGUGGAUCGACUUCUCGCAGACGCUCGCCCCGUGGAUCCACUCCGCGCUCAGCCUCUACUAUCUUUUGAUCUCGUCGCCGACGCUGCGCACGACCCUCCAGCUCGAGAAGACGUACGUCUUCUUCCGCAGGCGCUUCCUGGAGCCGCUCAAAUCGGUCUGCCACGCCUUCGAAGCCGACCUGGUCGCGAACGGCGGGGACGGCCGAAUCGAAGCCGCUGUCGGGGAGGACAUGUGUGAGGCGGGGAUGGCCCGGUCUGUGGGGCUGAUCGGGCACGCCCGCGACCAGGUGGAGGAUGCGGUGGGGGAUGCUUUCGUGAUGGAGGACCAGGAACUGCAGGAGCCGAGUGCGGAUGAUAUCGCGCGGGUGGAUCAGAUCCGGAAAGAGACGGAGCCAUCAGUUUAG